AGCAUAGGUCACUAACAACUCAACUAUAUUAUACAAUUCACUUCAAUCACUUUUGAAUAAUGCAAAUUAUGCCACUAUCAUCUUCAAUUUUCCCCUCUUCUGUUUAUGUUGAUGAAUCAUCACUAGUGAUCACAAUAACUGGUGUAGUAGCGUUGCUAGUGGUGUUGUUUCAGUGGCGGUUGCACCAGAAAAAGCAAAGACGAAAGCUGCCUCCCGGUUCCAUGGGUUGGCCUUACAUCGGAGAGACACUCCGCCUCUACACAGAGAAUCCCAAUUCCUUCUUUGCCACCCGCCAAAACAAAUACGGAGAGAUAUUCAAGACGCACAUAUUGGGAUGUCCAUGUGUGAUGAUAAGCAGUCCAGAGGCUGCUCGAAUGGUAUUAGUAAGCAAAGCACAUAUGUUCAAGCCAACUUAUCCUCCUAGCAAAGAGCGUAUGAUUGGACCAGAUGCUCUCUUCUUCCACCAAGGUCCUUACCAUUCCACACUUAAGCGGCUCGUUCAAUCUUCCUUCAUGCCUUCUGCUCUCCGACCAACCGUCUCUCACAUCGAGCUCCUUGUCCUGCAAAUCCUCUCUUCCUGGACAUCCGAAAAGUCCAUCAACACCCUUGAACACAUGAAACGAUAUGCAUUCGAUGUGGCGAUCAUGUCAGCGUUUGGGGAUAAAGAGGAGCCCAGUGAAAUUGAAGCUAUUAAGCUUCUCUAUCAACGUCUCGAAAAGGGUUACAACUCCAUGCCUCUCGACCUACCUGGCACACUUUUUCAUAAAUCCAUGAAGGCAAGAAGGGAAUUAAGCGAAGAAGUAAGGAGACUGAUAGAAAAGAGAAGAGAAAAUAAGAGAGAAGAAGGAGGACUAUUGGGAGUACUUCUCGGCGCCAAGGAUCAGAAACGCAACGGUUUAAGCGAUUCACAGAUCGCUGACAACAUCAUCGGCGUUAUCUUCGCCGCCACUGACACCACCGCUUCUGUCUUAACUUGGCUUCUCAAGUACUUACACGACCACCCAAAUCUCCUCCAAGAAGUCUCAAGGGAACAAGUCUGCAUUCGACAGAAAAUAAAGGAAGAAAACAGAAGAAUCUCGUGGGAGGAUACAAGAAAAAUGCCACUGACCACAAGGGUGAUUCAAGAGACACUAAGAGCGGCAAGUGUAUUGUCAUUUACGUUUAGAGAAGCUGUACAAGACGUCGAAUAUGAUGGCUAUUUGAUCCCAAAAGGUUGGAAGGUUCUUCCUCUUUUCCGACGAAUCCAUCACUCUCCUGAUUUUUUCCCUGAACCCGAAAAAUUUGAUCCAUCAAGAUUCGAGGUGGCACCAAAACCUUACACGUUCAUGCCAUUUGGGAAUGGGGUGCACUCAUGCCCAGGAAGUGAGCUGGCUAAGCUUGAGAUGCUUAUCCUACUUCACCACCUCACAACCUCUUUCAGGUAUAUAUUUUUAUUGUUUUACUAUAAUUCUUCGAAUCCUUAUAAAGAAUAUCUAGUUUUGUCACAGUUGUCUACUCUUCUUUCUACGUAUAAAAUCGAGGUUAUGAGGUUUAGACUUUUUUUUGUUAACACGAGGUUUUGAUUUUUCAAUAUCUAGUUUUCCUUGUUAUUAAAAUCCCCAAUCUUAAAAGUUAUAUAUAGACGCACGGAUUCACUUAACUCUGAACAAAUUGUUCGAAAUCACCUGGUUAACUAUCCAAUGUUUGACUUGAAAAUUAUAUUAAAGGGUUAGUUAAUAUAUUUUUAGUUGUUAUUUAUAUAAAAAGCUAAAAGUAUACUUUAUUGUUAGUUAAAUAUAAAAUAACAAUAAUGCAGGAAAAAAAAAUUCCUAACAUUUGAUUUGAGGCUGUAACUGAGUUCCUCCUUUUAUUAAUAAAACAUGUAAGACAACUCCAUUAAAUCCCAUAACACUUAUAUUACCAGUUUCAAUAAAUAAAAAUAGAAACUUUAAGAAAUUAACGAGAUUCAUUUCUUUAUUUGAAUCAGCUUUUUUUCAUUUACUUUGAUGCCCUAUAUAACAAU